AUGGAUGGGCUCGCUGGCAUGGACCUUGUCGACUGGAUAAGAGGCGGAUAUGUGGUGCUAGCUGCCAGUGUCAUGGCUGUCAACAGUCUCAAGUUCCUUCGUGACAGGUUCAUUUCAUAUGGUGCCCGGACUCUGCCAGCAUCGAAGGAGCCGAGUAGCAAACCUUCGGCAGUGGCCACUGUCCCUCCAUGGGGUGGCAUUGCAGGAAUCCUGGACCGCGUGGCAACCUGGGAUGUGCCGCAUUCCUACUUCACUCAUUUCUACUACUGCGCCGUCGGCGUGGCGUUCUUCUGGUGGUAUCAGCUUCUGGCCAGAGGAUGGGCCUUUAAGCUCAUUGCCAGCAUGGUAGAUCAUGAAACCCGAAAGAGUUCAAUGUCCUUUAACCAGAUAUUCCUUUGCUGGUCACUUUUCACCAUCCAGGCCUGCCGUCGACUCUACGAGUGCCUCUCAUUUGUUAAGCCCUCUCAGGCAAGGAUGCACGUCGGGCAUUGGCUCUACGGGUUUGCCUAUUACAUCGUCAUGGGAGUUGCUAUCUGGAUUGAAGGAACCAGUAGGAUUUUUUCUACCUUUUUAUAUUUGAUUGAACGCGGAUCUAACUUGAAACUUAAAGCAACUCUACUCUCAACUAAUAGUCCAUUGGGCAAUGCUGCUCUGACGGCGCCUUCCCUGAGGUCGUUGAUCUUUAUCCCAGUGUUCAUAUUUGCUUCUGGAAUACAGUAUGACUGCCACGAGUAUCUGGCAUCCCUUGUUAAAUAUACCCUCCCGGUGCAUCCCGCGUUCGUCAACAUAAUAUCUCCACACUACACAGCGGAAUGCAUGAUAUACCUUUCGUUAAGCUUCCUUGCUGCACCCCCAGGAUCGAUUGUCAACAAUACCAUCUUCUCCGCUGUGAUUCUCACUGCAGUGCAGCUGGGUACUUCAGCAGCAGCUACGAAGAAGUGGUAUAGCGAGAAGUUCGGGAGGGAAAAGGUUAAGGACAGAUGGAUCAUGCUACCCUUUAUAUGGUAG